AUGGCGACACGGCAAAUGCGAAAGCUGCAGAAGCAGCAGGAGCUUCUUAGGCUUCAGAACGAAGCAGAUCGGGAACAAGACGAAUCCGAGGACGAGCCCAUUGUGACCAAGCCAAGGCCUAAUGCCUUUGCAGGCUUCGCCGCUCUUGGAGGAGGAGACGACGACGAUGAUGACAAUCAAGGCACCGAGGAAGAAACAAAAGAAGUCGAGGAGCUCCCCAAACCGGUAGCGCCUGCCAGUAAGAGCAAAAAGUCCAAAAAGAAGAAGAAGAAGGGCAAGAAGACCGAAUCACCUGCACCGGAAAAGGAGGAAGACGAUGAUCUGGAUGAGAUCGAUCGCGUUCUCGAGGAGCUCAACCUCAAGAAGAACAAGGAUUCUGCUUCAGAUGCGGCCACUUCUAAUGCUGCCAAGUCGACCGGCCAAAUCAACGAGCUCUUGCGCGUCAACUUUCAGCAUCUCAAGGCUCUCAACGAAAUGCGGAAGCUGUUUGGCAGUGCCAUCGAAGCAGCACGGGCGGAACAGGCAGCCGAGGCCAACAGCCGUCAACAGCAAAGAGGAGCCGCUCGGCAGAAUGUUGACCUCGAGACCUUCCUUUCGGUCCCGCCAGAAAUUCAGCAGCGGCUAGGCAAGAGGAGCAUGUUUGAGACUGUGUUGCGCACGAACCCCUUUAUUGAAGGGAAGAAGACGUGGCCUAGGGACUCUACUCGCGGCCUUAAGAUGGUGCGUAUCACGGAGUCCUGUGAUGGUGAGCCCGGUGUCGCCGAAUUUGCCUUUACUCAUGACAAGACAUACGACGCCCUUGAGGGCAACUUCUACGGUCUGGUCCAGAUGUACGAUCCCAUGCAGCUCGUCUACUUCCUAGCCAGGUACCCUUACCAUGUCUCGUCGCUUAUCCAAGUGAGCAAGGUUGCCCACAAUGACCAAAACUCGUACCUUGCCCACGACCUCAUUGAGAGAGCCCUCUUUACCUUUGGCAGGGUCACUUUGAGUGACUUCCGGAAGCGGUUGGGAGAAGGCACCGCAAGACUGGACUUCAACCGACCCGAAAACAGGCAGUUCUUCCUGGCUGGCUAUAACCAAAUCAAGAACUUGGUCCUCAAGGGAACCUACCGCACGGCUCUGGAAUGGGCCAAGUUCGUCCUCAGCGUCAACCACGAUGACCCGUAUGGCGUGCUGAACUGGGUCCAUGUUCUUGCCAUCCGCGCAUAUGAGGCCAAAUGGUUCAUUGAGCUGUGCGCCUCGCCCCUUAUUGCCAACAAGGACAUCGGUCCCUACUUCAAGGCCACUAUCCCCUUGGCCAAGCUUCAACUUAAAGACCAUGCCGGAGCUCGCGCCGCUGCGAUCGAGAGCAUUGAGCGGCUCCCCUGGCUUUUCUGCGCCCUCUUCAGCGCUCUCAACCUCGAUACACCGCGCUCCGUCUGGGGCGUUCAGCCCCGGGACAACGAAGAAGCGCUACACACCAAGCUCUACGUCCACCUAGCCAAAGAUCUCUGGAACAACCCCGCCGCGACUUCGCUCCUGACUGAGGCCGCCAACGCUGCUCGUAAGGUGGACUUCUUUGGCCUGCCUCCCAGCCCGGUCGUCUCGCUGGCCACAGCCCGCUUCGUCUACCUGGACAACACACCCGAGCUCAUGUCAGCCGUGCCGCGCAAGAUCCUGCACAAUGCAUCGCCCAAUUUCGACUUUGACCCACUCCCGCCCCCGAAGGAGGAGAACAUCUUUUCCAGCCCAACGCAGAAGAUGCCGUGGGCGAUUUCCGAGGGUGAUGGCGAACACAGACAGACGAGGCUGCGCGAAGAAGCUGCCCUGCAGAUGGUUAGAAACCGUAUGAACGAAGAACAGCUCCGCGCCGCGGUGGAUGAGGCUCGCGCUAGAAUCGACGAUCCUGAAGCCGACGACGUGCAGCGCGGGGUGUGGCAGCGAAUGGUGGAUAUUAUGACGGGUCAAGCUUGGGCAGGCGGAGCGGACGGUGCGGAAGGAGAUGAAGGUGAAGGUAGACAGAGAGGUAAUGUCAUGCCUGGAGGUUGGGAGGAUGAUUUUGACGAGGGAUGGGGCGAUGAUGACUUUGAUGGGGAGGAUCAUUGGUAUGAGGAUCAGCUUGAUCCUGAGCUGGAGUUGGAGUUUGGACCGGGUGGAACGCCGAAUAGGCGGGCGACUGUUGAGGAUGCGGAGGAUAGUGAUGAAGAGGAGGCUGCUCGGAGGUAG